AUGUCAACGGAUGCAUCUUGUGGUUCUGACAACUGUAGCACCAGUGGAGUUGCAGGGACGUUUUCUAAUACAAAUCAAAAAGAUCACAUGCCUAAUGGGGUUAGCAAUCACAUAGGAAGGGAUCAAAGUACGAACAGUAUGAAAGUUGAUGUAUCUAGUAACGAAAAAGCUUCAGGUUCGAGAAGCAGCAUAAGUGUUGAUGAAAGUGAUGCUGAUAAUGCCAUUGGAGUUGACAGUAGCGAUGUGAAAGGCAGAAAACAGCUGAGUGAGUGGGCUUGCCAGCGAUGCACUCUUCUGAAUUCCAACAGUCAUCAUCGCUGUGAUGUGUGUGGUUCUCCUCGCCAUGUACGUCUCCCAACCCUGUCCAACCUUGAAUCAGAUUGUUCUAAAACUUUACCAGAAGCCAGUAGUGACAUCUGUUUUUAUUGUAAUAAGGCUAAAGGUUGUGAGUCAUGCUGUGGUGCUGGCAACAUAAAAGAGAAUGAUAGAAACUCCAAGCCUCAAACAGCUGCAAGUGCAGACAUUUCAAAUGACUUUGGCAAAAGGGACUCACCAAAAGACUCUUCCAUGCUUACUAAGGAAGAUUCAUUUCCACCCCCCGGUAAUGAAGUCGAGUGGACAUGUUCAGUUUGCACAUUUCAAUGUAACCCACAUUGGGAAACUGAAUGUCAGGUUUGCCGUAAGUCUAAAAUAAAUCCAAAGAAAUCAAAAACGGAACAAAAUAGAGUGUCCCCACCUAGUCCCAUAGAUAUAAACAAAGACAGUGUCACCUACGUACAUCGACCUAACAAAGACUCUCUUAUACAACAUCCUCCCCAGAAUGCAACCACCCAAUGGGAUUGUCGGAAAUGUACUUUCAAAAACACAGCAGAAAAUGGCUGGAAGUGUGCUAUGUGCGAUGAACUUCACCCACAACCUGACGUGCAAAUCUGGCAAUGUGUUACAUGCACUUUACAUAAUACACUGGGAGAUCUUGUAUGUAAAGCUUGCAAGACUGCUAAAAAUCAUAUUUUGCCAGAAAGGGCACCAAAGGAAACUGUCAAUGCAGCUGCAGCGGCUGGUACAAGUAAAAAGCAUUCAGUUAGUGACAACGUUGAAGUCUUCACUGAUGGUGAACUACCUUCCUCAUUUGAGUUUCACAGACAGGAGAGUUCUUUAAUUGAGGAGAUUCGCAUUAUCGAGGAGAGAGAGGCUAACGACCUUUGCCAGCAGAUCAUACAUCACUGCAAAGCGAAUAAAGAACCAUUUGUGGAUGACCAGUUCCCACCUGCCCAGAAGUCUCUCUUCCGAAACCCCGACACAGGCUUCAUUGAGAAGUCGAUUCAGUGGCUAAGACCACAUGAAAUUGUUACCAACCUGUUUGAGGAGAGGCGUUUACCGUGGGUGGUAUAUCGAACCCCCAUGCCAGAGGAUAUUAAACAAGGAAUUCUAGGAAAUUGUUGGUUUCUCAGUGCGCUGGCAGUACUCGCAGAGAGACGUGAGCUGGUUGAGCACAUUGUGUUGACAAACAAGAUCUGUCCAGAGGGAGUCUACCAGGUCCGGCUGUGUAAAGAUGGCUUAUGGAGGACAGUUCUCAUAGAUGACCUUCUGCCAUGUCAUCCAAACAGAACACUGGUGUUUUCAAAGGCAAUGCGCAAGCAACUUUGGGUUCCCCUGAUAGAGAAGGCCAUGGCAAAACUAGCUGGAUGCUACAAGGCUUCAGAAGCUGGGAAGUGCAUCGAAGGACUCUCAGUGUUGACUGGUGCACCAUGUGAGAGCAUUUCUUUGCAAAAAAAUGGAAGCAGAGAAGAAGACAUAUUUCCUGACCUCAUUUGGGCAAAGCUGCUCAGCAGCAGAGACCAAAAGUUUCUGAUGGGGGCUUCGUGUGGUGGAGGAAACAUGGUAACAGAUGAUGAGGAAUUCCACAAAGUUGGGCUGAGAACAAAACAUGCCUACUCUAUAUUGGAUGUUCAGGAUCUGGAAGGAAAUAAAUUAAUCCAGCUAAGAAAUCCUUGGGGCUGUUUCUCAUGGAAGGGCAACUGGAGUGACGAAUCCCCUUCCUGGGAGACUGUAUCUGCUGACGGUCGCCAGAAGCUGAUGGCUAUGGGAGAAGAGCAAGGAAUAUUUUGGAUGGAUUUUUCUGACCUCAUGAGGUAUUUUGAUUGUGUGGAUGUAUGCAAGGUCCGCCCAGAUUGGCAGGAAACUCGCAUUAAGGGAGCUUUUCCCAGGAAUGGUGCUGACCAACCAAAAGUGAUCAGUCUCACAGUGUUCACAACAACACAGAUUGAACUAGGAUUGUUUCAAGAAGGUUCCAGAGGGGACUAUUCCAGGUACCCCCUAGAUUUGUGUAUUGUGGUGUUACAUGAGAGCCUUGAUCCAGACAGGGUGUCUGUAGGAAAGAUAGUGACACACAGUCAGCGCCAGCUUCGGGGCUUUGUUGGCUGUGAUCACAUGUUCAGCCCUGGACAGUACAUUCUUGUGCCCAUGGCUUUCAGUCACUGGAAUGAUAGCAGGGAAUCUGCUCCGCCGAGCUAUGUGGUGUCCAUUCACAGUUCCAAGAAAGUCAUGGUUGAGGACAAUCUCUAUAAGGGACCUUAUAUCCUAGCAGACACCUUGAUUCAACUGGCAGUGGUAAAAGGCACCAAGGAAGAGCUCAGACGAGGAGUUAACGCAUACACUCUGAUGAACGGCUGGGCAGGCAGCAUUAUCGUUGUGGAAAACCUGCUGCCAAACUCCUGGGCACAUGUCCAGUGUAACUGUGUGAACAGCGUCAACAUUGUUUCCACGCGUGGCACGCUGGAGGCUGCUGAUGUCAUUCCCCCACACCACAGGCAAGUGAUCAUGGUGUUGUCCCACCUGGAGCGCAGCCAAGCCUACCACCUGUCCCGGCAGCUCAUUCACCGCCUGACAAGCUACCCGUGUGGGCUUGGAGAAUGGGCUCCUCCCCCUUUCGGUAGUGCAUUCCACUACCCGGAGAUCUCCAGAGAUGCUGCCCCUGUACAUACACCAAGAUUUUAUGUUUGA